AAUUAUAGGUCGUGCAAUGUUUUCCAGCCUCGAUUAGCCGCCCUGAUCGAUUGCACGGCGCCUGAAAUCGGUGUCUACAGUCUCCGCGACACCUACAACGGAGAGGCGUUCCCAGCAGCUGCUGCUGUUGUUGCCUGCUGGGCAACGUUGCUGCUGUAUCUCGUGGGCAGAGCACUCAUUUCGGAAAUACGUCAUGGCUACACGGAAAUUUGUGCUCACAAGCCGAAGGAGGUGCUAGGAUUAUCCCCGAGCGUAAUGUGGUGAUGCGCUUGGCCGUCUGAACCCGGACCCGAGCCCCGUUAAAGGGCAACACAGCGCUCCUAGGUCUGCGAUCUCAGUCGGGCGCCGGGACUCCUCAGAAAAACAGAGCGACUUCGGGAAAGCUGGUGGUUGCGGAUGGCAUGGCGGACGCGGCCACUGAAAACGGCAGCUCUGCGGAGGAAAAUGCGAACCAGGCCGGGCACACCAAAUUGCUCCGGCUCCGCAUUGUGGCAGGCCACAGCUUGGCGAAGAAGGACAUCUUCGGUGCUAGUGAUCCCUAUGUGCGGAUUGACCUGGUCAAGGCAAAGGGGGAUGGCUACACAGUUUUGGAUUCCCUCUACACCAAAACAAAAAAAAAGACUCUACAUCCAAAGUGGGAUGAAGAAUUUGUGAUCAAGGUUGACCCUCAAGAACACAAAAUAAUUAUGGAGGUGUUUGACGAAAACAGACUGACUCGUGAUGACUUUCUUGGUCUGGUGGAGCUCUCGCUGGCGGGACUUCCGGUGGAACAGCCAGGGCGCCACAUACCGCACAAGUAUUAUCUCCUGAGAAGGCGUAGCAAUAAGUCCCGGGUGAAGGGCCACCUGCAGGUCUACCACGCCUUCCUGGCUGAGGGGGACGAGGCGACGCAGGAAAGCACUCCUCACUCUGCCGACGAGGGCUGGGAAGUGGUGGACCCCGAGGAGGUGCCCCAGGGAGCCAGCCAGGGCUUUUCCGGGACGGAGACGCCCCCCUCGCCCCUCCCCUCCGGCUGGGAGGAGAGGGAGGAUGCCUGCGGGCGCAUCUACUACGUCAACCACCUGGCACGCACCACCCAGUGGGAGAGGCCCACCCAGGGCAGCGACACUCGGGAGGAGGGAGCGGCGGCCCACCAGCGAAGCUUGGAGCUGGCGCAGGAGUUCCGGCGCCGGGUGCACAUCAGCGUGGAUGACACGGUGGACCAGGUGCCGGGCACUGACACCAGCCACCCCGAGGAGCCGCAGGUGCCGUCGCCGACGCCCGACGGCCUCCCGCCCAUGGAGGCCUGUGUGAGGCCCCCAGUCACCGGUCCUCAGCCUAGUCCCGAGGGGCUACCCUCUGGUUGGUCCCUACAAGUGGCCCCCAACGGAAGGCUCUUCUUCAUAGACCAUAACACCAAGACCACCACAUGGGUGGAUCCGAGGACGGGAAAGCCCAGCGACUUGCCGCGGCACGGCAGCCUCCCCGGAGGUCCUCAAAAUACCAUGGACGACCUCGGUCCUCUGCCCGACGGCUGGGAAGAGCGGAUACACACGGAUGGCCGGAUCUUUUUCAUCGACCACACGGCACGGAUCACGCAGUGGGACGACCCGCGGUUCAACAACCCAAACGUCGCUGGUCCUGCUGUGCCUUACUCCAGAGACUACAAGAGCAAGUAUGAGUACCUCAAGUCUAAGCUUCCCAAACCGCCGGGCAAUGUUCCAAACAAGUUUGAGCUAAAGGUGUCUCGGUCACGGAUCCUGGAGGACUCGUACCGGAUCCUGAGCGGAGUGACGUGCGUGGACCGGCUUCGCUCCAAGCUCUGGGUGGAGUUUGACGGGGAGGAGGUGCUGGACUACGGGGGCGCCUCCAGGGAGUUCUUCUACCUCCUCUCCCGGGAGAUGUUCAACCCCUACUACGGGCUUUUCGAGUACUCUGCCGCGGACAACUACACGUUGCAGAUCAACCCUUGCUCGGGGAUGUGCAACGAAGACCACCUGUCCUACUUCAAGUUCAUCGGGAGGAUGGCCGGCAUGGCGGUUUACCACGGCAAGCUCCUGGACGCGUUUUUCAUCCGGCCUUUCUAUAAGAUGAUGCUGGGCAAGCCUAUCACCAUCAAGGACAUGGAGUCGGUGGACACGGAGUACUACAACUCCCUACGCUGGAUCAUGGACAACGACCCGGCCGACCUCGACCUGCGCUUCUCCGUGGACGAGGACCUCUUCGGGCAGAUGCAGCAGCGGGAGCUGACGGCAGGCGGUGCUGACCUGGCGGUGACGCAGGAAAACAAGGGACGCUAUGUGGACCUGGUCAUCCAGUGGCGCUUUGCCUCGCGCGUGCGCCCACAGAUGAACGCGUUCCUCGAGGGGCUCAACGAGCUCGUGCCGCUCGCCCUCCUGCGCCUGUUCGACGAGCACGAGCUCGAGCUGCUCAUGUGCGGCAUCGGGCAGAUCGAUGUGCGCGACUGGCGGCGCCACACGGUGUACAAAGGCGGCUACCACGCCAACCACGUGGUGGUGCAAUGGUUCUGGCGCCUGGUGCUUUCGUUCAGCAACGAGAUGCGCUCGCGGCUGCUCCAGUUCGUGACGGGGACCUCGCGGGUGCCCAUGAACGGGUUCGCCGAGCUGCACGGCAGCAACGGGCCGCAGCCCUUCACGCUGGAGCGCUGGGGGAGCCCCAGCAACCUGCCCCGCUCCCACACCUGCUUCAACCGGCUGGACCUCCCGAUGUAUGAAAGCUACCAAGACCUGCGUGAAAAAUUGGUGCAGGCCAUCGAGGGAUCCGAAUCCUUUGGAGGGGUCGACUAGGGGCUCCUCUGCACACCGCCCUGCAGACGAAAGGGCCGCAACAGGGUCCAGGCCGCUUCCCCGUCACGGGGAAGCCGUGGCCGCCACGCCGCCGGGAACAAGUCAUUGAGCUGCACGCAACAAAAGUGCCUUCUGCCACGGGAGCCGCCGCGCUCCCGCCACCGCACUCGCCUGGACCACAAGUAUUUACACCCGGCAGGAAACGCCGUGCCGGAAUCUCGAUGGGCAUCUCCUCCACCACCCGCUCGGUAUGGGGCCGGAUCCACGCUCGUGGCGGUACGCGGACGCUUUGAAUGGUUUUGGCCGUGUGAGCUUGCCUGUCCUCGGUUUCAAGGCCGAUUCCCACAUUUGCAUUUGAGUGUCGAGUGUGGUAAGUUUCUUUCUAACCACUUUACAACACACUGACAUACUGGCACCAUCUAUUGGCAACGUGCGCGACCAAAAGCGACGCUGCGGUGGGCUUUCCAUGACUGGCCGAACGACAGGCGUAAGAACAUUGUCAGACUGCUAACUUAGACGGUGGUGAUCUAAGAAUGCGACGGCUCCUAGCUUCCAUCGCGUUUUUAUACGCAUCGUCGAGCUUGCCGUUGCAACCGGUGACUAGUGGCCAGCAUCGCAAGUCGUGACGUCGCGGAUGGAAACCCUAAAAGGGUGCCAUCGAAACAUCUCGGGGCUAAUUGGUUAGACCUGGUAGACCGCUUACCUGUGUAUAUCUAGACUGAAGUUUUUAGGUUUUACAGUACUUGCAAGAUCAAAUCUAUGCACCAUUUGUGAGAAAUAGACGCUUAUAGCAUUGUCAGAAUUACUUAGAGCGCACGGCGAGAGAAUCUUGCGUAACAAGUUAUAACAAUAUAUUUGCAAGUUGGAAGUGUUUCCAGGGCUCCCCUAUAGAUGGUGCCAGCGUGUCGAGAGCCUGCAAUGGAACGCGUCGCACUCAAACACAAGUGUGCGAACCGGCCCUUAGUUUACCACGAAUGAGGAUUGGGGUAGGACGUAUUCCUACCAAUUACCCACACACUGUUUUAUGCAGAAUUUUUGGUUGUUGUUGAUGUAUACAGGAGGAUGUUGAUAAAUUACUGCCGCUCGCAUCUGUGGCAGUUGAGUGUAAAAAAAAAAAUAAAUGCACAAAAUGUGAAUUUUGUUACCAGAUUUCUUAGCGUGGCUGCAGUGACCACGAAUUGUCUCAAUUUAAAGGGGAGAUGAAGAGAAUCGGAAGCUGUAGUUAUAGGGCAUCCUUAAGUCUUUCACAUCUUUGAUAACCCCGUGUUCUUCCAUGGAAAGAAACAUGCAGUGUAGUUUUUUGUUAUGUUGAGCACAUAAAAAAAUGUUCCGUGAAA